UCAUCUCAAUCCUGGCGAUCGAUCCACACGCCGAGGGUUGGUUAUAAUCCUGGUGCGAUGUAUAUUAUUCCAACCAAUACAAGUAACUAAUGUUGUGAUAGAAGAUAGAUAACUCGCGCCGCGCUUUCCCGCUCAAAUGUGUCCAUAGACAAAUCUGCUUUUUUGUAAUCUGAUGUACGUGUGAUUGUUUUACAAAUUCUGAAUUAGAAUAAUAAUUGUUUGAUAUGGAAAACGAUGACAAUACUCCUAAUGAUGACGACAAUAAUAUGUGCAUACAAAAUGUAUCAGAACUCAGUGCUCCAAACUGAAUUAACCUCUUUGACAAGGCCCUGGAUGAUAUCGUGAUAAAAAAACAAGCAUGGAAGCGUCCUCAUCAAAUCGUAACACUUAUGAGAUGGAAAUUAAAAAAGAGGAUGAAGUCCAAAAGGAGGCAAAACCGAAACCAUUAUUGGCGAGUGGAAAAAUAUUUUACAAACCAGGUGUAAUAGAAGAAGAAACGGAUGAAACCAGCGUAUUUGAUAGUUCUGUAGUAGAGUCACCGAUGCUUGGAUUCAGCGCUAGUGGACUGUUGCGACACUCUAUUCAUCCAGUUAGCAGCUUACAUAGAAUACCGACAUAUAGCAGUUCUAUUGGACAGAGCACGAUUUAUCGAGUGGAUAGUUGUAGAAACCGCUCGCAUAGACAUGGAGCUUCUAGAAGAACGAGACGGCGCGCUAUUCUCAAAAAUGGCGAGUGCAACAUUGUCAAGUCAAGGAUUCAGCAACGGAGGUUGCGGUUCUUACAGGAUAUGUUUACGACGCUCGUAGAUGCACAAUGGAGAUGGACGUUACUAGUGUUCACGCUCUCGUUCAUUCUAUCUUGGUUGGGAUUUGCACUCAUAUGGUGGUUAAUUGCGUUCACACAUGGAGAUCUUGAACCCGACCACUUACCACCGAUGCAGGAGUCCUCGAAUUGGAAACCUUGUGUGUUUAACAUUUACGACUUCACCUCAUGUUUCUUAUUCAGUAUAGAAACACAACACACCAUUGGGUAUGGUUCGCGUACAACCACAGAAGAAUGUCCUGAAGCAAUUUUCAUUAUGUGCCUUCAGAGUAUAGUGGGAGUUAUGAUACAAGCUUUCAUGGUGGGCAUCGUAUUUGCGAAGAUGACGAGACCAAAACAUAGAACACAAACACUGCUAUUUUCUAAACAUGCUGUUAUCUGUCAAAGAGAUGGUGAGCUCAGCCUUAUGUUCCGCGUCGGUGACUUAAGGAAGUCUCAUAUAAUAGGAGCUAGUGUAAGAGCGCAAUUAAUUAGAUCCAGAACUACUAAGGAAGGAGAAGUGCUGUCCCAUUAUCAAACAGAACUAGAAUUAAACGCAGAUGGAUGUGACAGCAAUCUUUUCUUUAUUUGGCCUAUCACUAUGGUACAUAAAAUAAACGCAAGCAGUCCUUUCUAUGGCGUGUCCGCCGCUGAUGUUCUUCAAGAAAGAUUUGAAAUAGUUGUAGUGCUGGAGGGCACCAUCGAAUCGACGGGGCAGACAACUCAGGCGCGCUCUAGUUAUACAACAAGUGAAAUAAUGUGGGGUCAUAGAUUUGUGCCAUUAGUGUCAUAUAAUCGUGAACGUCAAGGAUAUGAAGUUGAUUAUUCUAAAUUCGACGAAACUACACAAGUUGACACACCGUUGUGUUCCGCGAAGGAACUCGAUGAGUUUUAUGGAAGCCAAGCUGACCAUAGAUCGAUCGGAUAUAUGAAUACUUCAUCACCGGCACCUGCAAGCCCGCUAGCAACGAUGCCACCCAUACCGAUUUCACCACUCUCUAGCGUUUCCGAUAGACUAGUGGUCGACGCCAUACACAGAGCUAGCCUCACACGCAGACCUUCCUGUAUCAAAUACCCAUCAGAUUUCUUCGAUGCCGCAGAACAUUCAUCGUCUUCGAGUGAAGAAGAAAAAGUCACCAAAUCAAAAUCGAAGAAGGCUGAUAAAAAUAGACAAUCAACAACAGAUGGCGCUUUCUCAAAAUAAAAUUAACGUUUUAAUUUCUUCCUGAUAAGAAUAUUAUAUAUUUGUUAUUCAUAAUUAUCAUUAAUGUAUGUAAUUUACUGUAAAUUCUAAUUUAUACAAAAGAUUUGUUUCAAAUACAUAUACAACGCCAUCUAUUGGUGAGUAGCUUUUAAACAAUUAUUUCAAGAAAUACCUUUUGAUAGAAUCCUAAUAAUUGUACAACAAGAAAUAAAACUAUUAUGUUGUAAGUUAUUUGCCUUUUUCAUUUUGCUCAGUUUUAUUGAGUGCAUUUAAAAUAAAUCAUGAUAUCUAUAGUAGCUUAAAGCUUUAUAUAUGAGUACAUAAGAUAUUUAAUAAAUAAAUAUUCUUUCAUA